ACCCGGGCGUCCCACCAGGAUGGUCAGUUUGUUUCUGAGCCGCUGCUUCUUCAGGCUCCUCCCACCGCUCUGCUGGGGACGAAACAGGUGCCGUAAACCUCGUCCAAAGUCCGGGAUGGAUAACAGCGUGUGGGUGGGCUCUUGGCGACCCCACCGACCCCGGGGCCCCAUUGCAGCACUCUACAGUGGUCCUGGGCCCAAGUACCAGCUGCCCCCUAGCACCGGUUAUAAGAUGCACGACCCAUCCCGUUUCCGGGCACCUGCCUACACAUUCGGCACCAAGAUCCCCGCACACCACGUGACGUGUGGCCCCGGCCCUGGGCACCUCAUCCCGCAGCGCAUGACAGUUCGGGGCCCCGACGGCGGGCCUGCCUUCUCCAUCUACGGGCGGCCCCGAGAUUGCCGCCUGUUCCGCACUCCGGGCCCUGGUCUCUACUUUCCAGAGCGAGCCACCCAUCUCACAUUCCCCAAAGCCCCCAGGCAUUCUAUGGCGGGCCGUGCCAAAGACUUUCAGGAGGACCGGACCCCCGGCCCCGCAGCCUACACGGUUCCCUCGCUCUUGGGCUGCCGUCUGAUCGACAAGGCUUCGGCUCCCACUUACUCCAUCUGUGGCCGACGUGCUACGGGCGGCUUCUGCCAAGACCUGAGCAAGACCCCGGGCCCCUGCGCUUAUCACGAGGUGAGUCCCGGCGUGUACAAGACCAGGGCUCCACAGUAUACAAUGCAACCCCGCACUUCCCUGCCGCAGGACAACUCUGUGAAGCCUGGUCCAGCAGCCUACCAUCCUCAAAAGUAUCGCCAAGCACCCGGUCCCUCCUUCGGGAUCCGCCACUCUGCAUACGAAGCCCCGCUCAUCGUGGAUCCACAGGAUUGAUUACUGUGAGGCCGGGCAGGCAAGACCCCACUCCCCACUCUCCCGUAAAGCGUCCUGGCCCAGACCCGCCUCUGUCCACUUGUCCGGCCACCCCCAUCC